AUGUGUAAUCCUUCUAAAAAAACAAAAUUAAAUAAUAAUGAAAUAAAUAAUAUUUUUAUUAAAAAUGAAAAUAAUAUGAGUGUUCAUAAUAUUUCUAUGAAUGCAGUAUUGUGUUCAUCGUUAAAUCUUGAUAGUAUAUAUAAAUAUUUUUCUAAUUGUAUUUAUAAUCCUAGAGAAUUUAAAUGUAUGAGAAUAGAUGUUCCUGUUAGUAUAAAAACUGUAAAAAAGUAUGUAAAUUACAUGAAUAAUAAAAAAGAAAGAGAUGAUAAAUAUAAAUUAAAAGAUGAAAAACAAGAGAAAAUUAAUGAAAAACAUUCAAAAAAUGAAGAAGAAAAAAAAGAUAAUAAUGUAAAUAAUAAUAUAAAAAAUAAUGACAUAAAGAAUAAUGAUAUAGAAAAUGAAAAAGCAAAGUGUGAGAAAAAAAAAGAAGUAAUAUUUAAUGACAAAAUAAUAGACAAUAAUAAAGACUCUAUGAAAAUUAAUGAAAAUAUUGUAAAGGAUAUUUCUAUAUGUGAAAAGGAAAAUAUUAGCAAUAACACAAAUGAAGAUAUUUCUGACACAAAAAACGAUACAACUAAUUAUAUAAUUGAAAACAUCACUGAUAAUGAUGUGAUUAAUAAAAAGUUAAUUAUAAAUGUUUCUAUAUUUUCUAAUGGAAAAAUAAUAUGUACAGGAAAUAAUUCAAUAGAAGCUUGUAAAAUUGCCAUGAAAAAAAUUGAAAAAAAAUUAAAACAGCUAAAUUUUAAAAAUAUAAAAUUAAAAAAAAUAACCAUUACAAACAUUUUAGCUGUAUAUAAUGUAGGAUUCUCAAUAGUUUUACCAUUGUUUGCUCAAUAUUAUAAAAGUGUGGAUUAUGACCCAAAUGUGUUUCCAGCUUGUAAAGUUAAAAUUGCUUUGGUAAAUGAUAAUGAAAAAAACUAUGAUGGAAAACAUGAAGAAAAUAAUAGUCAAUACGCCUGGUGGAGUAUAAAAAGCACAGCUGAAAAAGAAAAAAAUAAGGUAGAUAUUAUAUCGGCUAGUAUUUUUUCCACAGGUAAUAUAACUUUAACAGGAGGGAAAAGUUAUGAAAAUCUUCAAAAAUGUAUAGAAAUAUUAUUACCAUAUUUAAUCAAAAGUAAAUCGCAGCAUUAA